AUGGGGGCAUACCAUUCGUGACGGGACUGCUGAGUCGGAGAGUGUCGGCGGACUGCUGCCGCUUUGCCGCUGUCGUAUCGGCAGUCGGAUGGAGCCCACGACUUUACGGACUUUAACUGGUGCCUAGACAAAGAGGGAGAGACAAAAUGUAUGAGUUGUUGAGGUGUGUUUGGCUGCCAAUGGCCGGUAGCCAGCCUGAUGUCAGAACAAACACACGGCAAGCGACUUUCCCUAGCCUAAGACAUGAUGAAUGCCACUUACUAUGCCAGCGAGAGGCUUCUGUCUGUAUGUGGACUUCUCUAUAAAUAUCACUGCUUCUUCCCAAUAGUCGAACCAUCAAACUUCAACUCUUCCUUCUCUCUCACGUCUACACCAAGUCUCACCAUCCCUCCUAUCUCUCAUUAUGCCCAGCAACGGGAACUCUACAACGUCCCUUAAAAGUGUUGAACCGGGCGACAUGACUGGGGAAUAUUAUAUUCUCUUUUCCAAUUUACCAUUUAAUUCGACCUGGCAACAAGUAAAAGACUGGGUUUCGGCAUCUUGUGAUGUCGACUAUGUCGAGGUAUUUCCCGUCAGCAGUUCGGGAUGGAUCCGCCUCAAGGGGAAGGGUAAUUUUAGGAGCGCAUUCACAUACAUGGAUAACGAGCCAUUCAAAGAUCGAUGUAUAAUCGUUGAUGGCCGAAACGAAACCGAAUGUGUAAACAUCAGGGUCAAACAGCCGGCGCGCUUCAACCGGAGAUCGAGCCUGACCGGGGGGAAUCGGGGCCGGAGAACGGCACUGAGGCAAUCCCAGUCGCCGAACCAGGGCCCCAUGCCACAACACCGUCGCACUCACAGCCUCGCUCAGACUGAGGUUGAUGCUGCUGAUAUUGCAAACACUACACCGGCGCGGGCAAAUGAAGAUGUUUUGGCUCUAGCCAACUUAAUUCUCGGCCUGAGUCUGCGGAGCACUCUGCAAAUGCAGCAGCAGUAUGCUCUUCCACUUGGCUUUCCUUUUUAUGGUGGGGGCCUUUAUACUAUGGGCAACGCCAAUACUUUCCCUUCUUAUGAUGGCGGUCAUGAACAAGAUGAAGCUAUUUUUGCGGAUGAUGCCUCUCAGAGCUCCCAUUGAUGUUGAUGGCACUAAUGAUGGCACAAAGUGGCGUGCACCAUGCAAGCCCCCCGGCUUUUGAAAGGAAAGAGCUGGAGAUGACAUUUGUGGAGGAUUUCGUAUUCGAAUCCGGGAUAGUUUUCUUUUCUUUGCUGC